AUGGUACACCAAAAUGUUAAGUUGGGAUCCAUCACAAUAACAACUCCAGAUAUAAAAAUAUUUGCCAUCAAUGGAGAUAUAGGUUUUACACAAACAUCGGCGCACAAAGAAAGUCUGGAACAACAUCAUCAAGAUCAAUACUGUUCAUCUAUAUAUUCCAUGCCAACCGCAUCAUCGCAAUUACCACAGCACCUUCCGACAAUAUUCAAUGAUUUAUUGGGUCAUAUCGAGAAUCCUCGGCAAAAGCAACAAAUCCGUCAGAUCAUGGAACAACAUUACCGUAUAUUCGAUACAACAUCGCCAGCGAUCGCUAAAACAAAUAUUACACAUACAAUAAGAACGGGAGAUCAUGCACCAGUUAAUUCAAGACCAUAUAGACUCCAUACUCAACAACAACGAGUAUUAACUGGUGAGAUUAACAAGAUGUUGAAAGCAGGUCAAAUUAGACCUUCCAAUUCGCCAUGGUCAUCGCCGGUCUUGUUAGUAAAGAAGAAAGACGGAUCGGUUCGCUUUGUCGUAGAUUACCGAAAGUUGAACAACAUCACUAUCAAAGAUUCAUAUCCGAUACCACACAUUGAAGAAACAUUAAGCCGACUGAAUGGUCAUCGGUUCUUUUCUAAAUUGGACCUAAAAACAGGAUAUUAUCAAAUCCCGAUUCAAGAAGUAGAUAGACAGAAAACUGCAUUUAUUAUACCAAAUGGGCUGUUUGAGUUUAAUGUAUUGGCAAUGGGAUUGAAGAAUGCCCCACCAUCAUUCCAACGGAUCAUGAACGAUUUAAUAGCUAAUACACAAGAUGGGAAUAUUGUUUAG